CCCCCCCACACCCACCAUGGCGGCGCGUGGGGCCCGGUCACCGGCGGCGGCGCUGGUAGUAGUAGCGGUGGUGCUCGUGGCGGGGCUCGCUGCGGGAGGCGCCUCCGCGGCGGGGAUCCGGCGGCAGAAGAACGUGCAGGUGGCGCUCCGGGCCAAGUGGGCCGGCACGCCGCUGCUGCUCGAAGCUAGUGAACUUCUUUCAAAAGAAUGGAAGGAUCUGUUUUGGGAUUUUAUUGACCAUUGGAAGGAACUCGAUAAGGCGUCCGAAUGCUUGACAGCCAAAUGUUGUGUCCAGAAGAUUGUUGAGCAUGCCCGUUCACUUCUGAGUGAGCCACUGGCUUCAAUUUUUGAGUUCUCGCUUACCCUUCGGUCAGCAUCGCCAAGGUUAGUGCUCUACAAGCAGCUUGCAGAGGAGUCAUUAUCCUCUGUUCCCGUUAAGGACAACACUUUGGAGCAAAUCUCUGGUCAUAGUACUGGGGAAAAUUUUCAUGAGGCUGUGAAAGGAUCUUGCUGCUGGGUGGACACAGGGAGUGUUCUAUUAUUCAACUCAGCCGAUCUACGCAAAUGGCUUGAUGGCUUGGGCAGACUAGCUAUGGACUCCACUCAACAACCUGAACUCUUUGACUUUGAUCAUAUGUAUCCUCAAUCAAAUAUUACUGCUCCAAUUGCUAUAUUUUAUGGGGCUUUUGGGACAGAAUGCUUCAAAGAGCUGCAUGCUCACCUGGCAGAAGCAUCAAAGAAGGGACAAGUAAGAUAUGCUCUGCGCCAGGUCCUGCCAUCUGGAUGUCAGGCUACAUCUAGCUUCUGUGGUUCUGUUGGUGCUGUAGAUGCAGUCGCUUUGAGUGGUUAUGGUGUCGAACUUGCCCUCAAGAACAUGGAAUACAAGGCCAUGGAUGACACUGCUAUAAAGAAGGGUGUUGCUCUGGAAGAUCCUAAGACUGAAGACCUCAGUCAAGAAGUCAGAGGAUUUAUAUUUUCCAAGAUUUUGGAACGCAAGCCAGCAUUAAAUGCGGAGAUUAUGUCCUUCAGGGAUUAUCUGUUGUCAUCAACAGUAUCUGACACACUUGAAGUUUGGGAACUUAAAGAUUUGGGUCAUCAAACAGCACAGAGAAUCCUCCAUGCAUCGGAUCCUUUACAGUCAAUGCAGGAAAUUAAUCAAAAUUUCCCCAGUAUAGUUUCGUCACUGUCACGGAUGAAGCUUGACAAUUCAAUCAAGGAUGAAAUAAUUGCAAAUCAGCGAAUGGUUCCACCUGGCAAGUCAUUGAUGGCUUUGAAUGGUGCUUUGAUUAAUAUUGAGGAUCUUGAUCUUUACCUGUUAAUGGAUAUGGUCCAUGAGGAAUUAUCUCUUGCUGAUCAGUUUGUAAAACUAAAGAUUCCUGAAAGUGCUGUCCACAAGAUCCUGUCAUCAGCUCCACCAACAGAGUCUAACUCGUUCCGUGUUGAUUUCCGAUCCUCCCAUGUUCAUUAUCUUAAUAACCUAGAGGAAGAUACGAUGUAUAAAAGGUGGAGGAGCAACAUCAAUGAGCUACUGAUGCCAGUCUUCCCUGGUCAAAUGCGCUACAUCCGGAAAAAUCUAUUCCAUGCUGUUUAUGUGCUUGAUCCUGCUUCAGCAUGUGGUGCAGAGACCAUUGACAUGGUUCUAUCUCUAUACCAAGAUAGUGUCCCUAUAAGGUUUGGCAUCAUAAUGUAUUCUUCAAGGCUUAUUAGUGUUAUUGAAGAAAAUGAUGGCAAUCUUCCAGUAAAUGAUGGGUCUAAGAUCGAGGAGGAUAUUUCUAUUUUGAUAAUAAGGUUAUUCUUGUACAUCAAGGAAACAUACUCAGCACAGUUGUCGUACCAGUUCCUAAGCAAUAUACAUAAAUCGAGGAACAGUGGUGAUGAAUACAACGAAGAGCCUGUGGAAGCUCAUCAUGUUGAAGGGGCAUUUGUUGAUUCCCUAUUGUCAAGUGCUAAAUCUCACCCUCAAGAUGUGCUGUUAAAGUUGCAAAAAGAGAACAUUUACAAACAAGAGGCUGAAGAAAGCUCUCGUUUUGUUCACAAACUAGGGUUGUACAAACUCCAGUGUAGCCUAUUGAUGAAUGGACUUGUGCAGGAAUCAAGUGAGGAUGCAACCAUGAAUGCUAUGAAUGAUGAGCUUCCUAGGAUACAAGAACAAGUCUAUUAUGGGCAUAUCCAAUCCCAUACAGAUGUUUUAGAGAAAUUUUUGUCAGAAAGUAGCUACAAGCGUUACAACCCAUUGAUAACUGGCAAGAGCACUGAGAAUAAGAGAUUUGUCUCGCUAGUUGCACCAUAUCAUCAGGGAGACUCUGCACUUCAUGAGAUUACUUAUUUACACUCUCAUGGAACUACAGAUGAUGCCAAACCUGUCACCCAUCUAGUUGCUGUUGAUCUUUCUUCGAAGAUUGGGAUAAAGUUGCUUCAUGAGGCCAUAAGUUACCUGAUUGCUGGGUCGAAUAGAGCUCGUGUUGGUCUACUACUUUAUGUCCGCAAUGAUAAUCCAUCAUCCCCUAUUUUACAUUUGAAGGAUAUCUUCGAUAGGACCAUUUCAUCUUUCAGCUAUAAGGAAAAGGUACUGGACUUCCUGCAUGGACUCUGCAAAUUUUAUGAAGCGCAACAUGUGCGUCCCUCUUCCGGGGUUAGUGAUAAAAUUAGCACUAUGAUGGAAAAGGUGUAUGGCAUAGCCGCUGAAACUGGCUUGCCUGUUGAUAACUAUAAAUCGUGGUUUACAAAUUUUUCUCCUGAUGCCGUCCUCAGAGGAAUGGAUAAGUUGUCUGACUUCUUAUUCGGGAAACUGGGACUUGAAUUUGGCAGCAAUGCUGUGAUUACCAAUGGACGGGUCUUUGUUGUAAAUGAAGGAGACUCCUUUCUAACUGAUGAUUUAGGCCUGCUUGAGUCUAUGGAGUACGAAUUGCGAACAAAAUACAUUUAUGAAAUAAUUGAGGAGAUCGAAUGGACAGGUGUUGACCCUGAUGACCUGACAAGCAAAUUCUACAGCGACGUUGCCAUGUUGAUUGCAUCAUCAAUGUCUAUCCGUGAAAGGCCAUCCGAAAGAGCCCAUUUUGAAAUUUUACAUGCAGAGCACAGUGCAAUUAAACUGAACAAUGUGAAUUCAAGUGUUCAUAUUGACGCUGUCAUUGACCCACUAAGUCCUGCUGGGCAAAAGCUUGCUCCACUUUUACACAUUCUCUGGAGACAGAUUCAGCCGAGCAUGAGAAUUGUUCUGAAUCCUAUUAGUUCCCUUGCGGAUCUACCUUUAAAGAACUACUAUAGAUUUGUUCUUCCAUCAAUGGAUGAUUUUAGCAGUACCGAUUAUUCUGUGCAUGGACCUAAAGCCUUCUUCGCAAAUAUGCCACUAUCAAAAACACUUACAAUGAACAUUGAUGUCCCUGAACCAUGGCUUGUUGAACCUGUCAUUGCCAUCCAUGAUUUGGACAACAUUUUAUUGGAGAAUCUCGGUGAUGUUAGAACAUUGCAGGCAGUUUUUGAACUUGAAGCGCUCCUCUUGACAGGCCAUUGCAAGGAAAAGGAUCGAGACCCUCCCCGCGGUCUUCAGUUUAUCCUUGGUACCAAACGAAGACCACACUUGGUUGAUACACUUGUCAUGGCCAACUUGGGUUACUGGCAGAUGAAAGUCUCCCCUGGUGUAUGGUACCUACAAUUGGCUCCUGGCCGUAGUGCAGAUCUGUAUGAGCUACCUCCGAAGCUCAUUGCCAUAGAUAGCUUGAGGGGCAAACUUAUGCACAUUGAAGUGCAAAAGAGAAGAGGAAAAGAGCACGAGGACUUAUUAAAUGCUGAUGAUGACAACCACUUCCAAGAAAAGAUGGAUAACAAAGGCUGGAAUAGCAACCUUUUGAAGUGGGCUUCUAGUUUCAUUAGCGGCGACACAUCAUCAAAAAAUAAGGACGAGAAAAUCUCAGACCUCACAGCUGCAAGGCAAGGGGAUACAAUCAACAUUUUCUCUGUUGCUUCUGGGCAUCUGUAUGAGCGUUUCCUCAAGAUAAUGAUUUUGAGUGUAUUAAAGAAAACACAAAGACCGGUGAAAUUCUGGUUCAUAAAGAACUAUCUAUCUCCACAGUUCAAGGAUGUCAUACCCCACAUGGCCCAGGAAUAUGGAUUUGAGUACGAGCUUGUCACAUAUAAAUGGCCAACGUGGUUGCACAAACAGAAAGAAAAGCAACGAAUUAUUUGGGCAUAUAAGAUCUUGUUUCUGGAUGUCAUAUUUCCGCUUUCACUGAGGAAGGUUAUUUUUGUCGACGCAGAUCAAAUUGUGAGAGCAGACAUGGGAGAACUAUAUGACAUGAAUCUGAAGGGUCGUCCCCUUGCGUAUACCCCAUUCUGUGAUAACAACAAGGAGAUGGAUGGCUAUCGAUUUUGGAAGCAAGGUUUCUGGAAAGAUCAUCUGCGAGGACGACCAUACCAUAUCAGUGCUCUUUAUGUUGUUGAUUUGGCCAAAUUUCGGCAAACUGCUUCUGGAGAUACUCUUCGGGUCUUCUAUGAAACACUCAGCAAAGACCCUAAUAGUCUCUCAAAUCUUGAUCAGGAUCUCCCAAAUUAUGCUCAACAUACUGUGCCCAUAUUCUCUCUCCCUCAAGAAUGGCUAUGGUGUGAAUCUUGGUGUGGAAAUGCCACAAAGGCAAGAGCAAAAACCAUUGAUCUUUGCAACAAUCCAAUGACAAAGGAGCCAAAGCUUCAGGGUGCCAAAAGAAUUGUUCCGGAGUGGGUCGGUCUUGACAGUGAAGCAAGGCAGUUCACGGCACGGAUCUUGGGAGAUAAUCCGGAGUCACCAGAACCUACUUCCUCGCCAUCUGAUACACCAAAGCCAGAUGAUAAAGGCGCAAAACAGGAUGUGAAAGAUGAGCUAUGAUACACCAACUGCUUUCCGGGCUUGAUAAUAUUUGAGAGGCAACCAUAUAUAUUGUUCUUCACACUGACUGUAGUCGUGUGGUCUCCCAGCAAUUCAAAUCAUAUUGCUGGUUCAGGGGGGCCAAUGAAGUGCAGAUACCAUAAUAUAUGAAUUAAUCGAUGAUCAAUAAUCAAUGGUGGUGUCAUUUUGCAUGAUGUAGGGCUAACUGCCGAAAAUAGGUUCAUGAAGAGGGUCUACUUGGUAGUUUUCAAAGAACUUGUAUACCUGAAACACUGCAAUUCUCAAACAAUUCGUGUAUUAAGAUGACUAUGUAAAAUUUAUUGGCAACUGCCAGUUCAAAGCUACAAGCAAUCUGGCAACUGUUGCCCGAGAAUUUUGUAAAAGUUGGCACCCAACAACGCUUGAGAAUAUUAGAUACUUGGUGCCUGCUA